CGUCAGCGCUUUAAAAAAUGACCGGAGAGAAGAUCCGAUCCCUGCGGAAGGAUCACAGACCGAGUCAGGACGAUGACUUGCUGGAACCCGACGAAGAGGCAGCUAUCGGGACGUUUACCACAUCCAAGACGAAUAACAAGAGCAAGGCGAGUCGAAUCUUCAGCAACCACAAGUUGGUCAAGUCAGCCUCCACGCAGCAGCAACAGCAGAAGCAGAACCAGCAUGUCAAUGCCAACAGUACGCUGUCAUUAGCCGAUGUCGUUGACGACAACAACAAAAACCCCAUUAUCCGAAGUGGACAAGACUUUCCGGUCCACGAAUGUGUGUUCAAAGGAGAUGUGCGGCGCCUGUCGUCUCUUAUACGGACUCAAAACAUAUCUCAGAAAGACAUGCAUGGAAACACACCAUUGCAUCUGGCUGUCAUGUUGGGACACAAAGAGUGUGCCCAUCUGUUGCUGGCCCACAAUGCACCAGUGAAGGUGAAGAAUGCUCAGGGAUGGAGCCCCCUUGCAGAGGCUAUUAGCUACGGAGAUAGACAGAUGAUAACGGCACUGCUGAGGAAGCUGAAGCAACAGUCCAGAGAGAGUGUCGAGGACAAGAGGCCAAAGUUGUUGAAUGCACUGAAAGAGCUUGGAGACUUUUACCAGGUGCUUCACUGGGACUUCCAAAGUUGGGUGCCUCUGCUCUCCAGAAUUCUGCCGUCGGAUGCCUGUAAAAUCUACAAACAGGGACUCAACAUCAGACUGGACACCACCCUGAUCGACUUCUCGGAUAUGAAGUGUCAACGCGGUGACCUGAGUUUCAUCUUCAACGGCAACGCCAUCCCUUCGGAGUCCUUUGUAGUGCUGGACAACGAGCAGAAAGUCUACCAGCGGAUACACCAUGAGGAGUCUGAGAUGGAGACGGAGGAAGAAGUGGACAUUCUGAUGAGCAGUGACGUGUACUCGGCCACGCUCUCCACUAAGUCCAUCACGUUCUCCAGAGCGCAAACCGGCUGGCUCUUCAGAGAAGACAAGACGGAGCGUGUCGGAAACUUUUUGGCAGAUUUCUACUCUGUGAAUGGCCUGGUGCUGGAGUCCAGGAAGAGGCGGGAGCAUCUGAGCGAGGAGGACAUCUUAAGGAACAAAGCCAUCAUGGAGAGUCUGAGCAAAGGAGGGAACCUCGGUGAUCAAAACUUUGAGCCUGUGAGGAGACAAUCCCUAACCCCGCCUUCACCCAACACCACAUCCUGGGAAGAGUACAUCACUGCUGACAAUGGAAAAGCUCCUCACCUGGGCAGAGAGCAACUCUGCAAGGAGAGCAAGAAACACUUCAAGGCCACCAUAGCCAUGAGUCAAGAUUUCCCCCUGAGCAUCGACUCGUUGUUGAAUGUUCUGGAGGUGAUCGCACCCUUUAAGCACUUUAAUAAACUCAGGGAGUUUGUGCAGUUGAAGCUCCCUCCUGGCUUUCCUGUCAAACUCGACAUCCCCGUUUUUCCUACCAUCACAGCCACCGUGACUUUUCAGGAGUUUCGCUACGACAGCUUUGACGAAACCAUUUUUACCAUCCCCAGCGAGUACAAAGAAGACCCCAGCCGCUUCCCUGACCUUUAACCCACUCUUCAACAGGCUGGCGGUAGGGUGGAUGUUUAUGAAGGCAACGUCACGCUCCAAAAACAUCCAACUCCUCCCCGACAACCUUACGGUCCCUACGUGCUAAAUGCAAAAUGAACGUCUCUCCACAGCCACCUGAACAAAAAACAAAACAAAACAAAACAAAAAAGCAG